CGGAGAGUGAGAGGGGAAGAGAGGAGGACUGUUUUUACGCAGAUCCUACAAAAAGAAGGACACAAAAGGAGCUAAUGGAGGCUGUUUGAAAACAACUGGGAGGAAAAAAGAGAAUGCAGCGAGGAAGCAAAUGCAGGAAAGGAGCUGAGGACUAUGUAGGAAUUCCUGACUGAAGUCAUGGGUUCGGAGGCGAUGGAGGACUGUGUGCAGGGGGCGCUCUCAUCGCUGUACCCUCCUUUUGAGAGCACCGCACCACCCCUCCUCUCCCAGGUCUUUUCAGUCCUGGAGUCGACCUAUCAACACGACAGUCUUCGCUACCUCCUGGACUAUUUCGUUCCCGCCAAGCACCUCCUGCACAAACUCCAGCAGCACGCCUGUUCUCAGUACCUGGGCUGCUUGUUCCUGCACUCCGGCUGGCCUCUGUGUCUAGGCGAGAAAGUGGUUGUGCAGCUAUCCACGUUGGACUGGAGGAUCCUGCGCAGUAAUGACUUCUACCUGCAGGUGGUGCCCUUCUCUACACGCUGUCCACGGCUGGCCCUAAAAUGUCUGGCUCAUGGGGGACGCACCGUUCAGGAAAUAUUGGUACCCGAGUCGCAGCACCCUCUUGUGUUCACAACUGAGUGGCUGCACAGCAUCAACAAAGAACGAGGUCACAAAAGAGAAGUUGGAGGAGGACUUGACACCUGCCUGGUCAGUACGUGUGACGGUGUGGUUCGACUUCCGUGGAAGGAGGUCGUUUACCCAAAAUUCAUCCACGACCCGUCUGAGGAGCUGAUGUCCAACCUUGAGGGGCCAAAGACCAAGCGCCUGCCCAGUGAGGGGGGCAGCAGUCUUGGGGGCUGGGGUGGCUCAUCCUCCGGAGAACUGGACUCCUGGUCCUGGGACGAGGAAGAAGAUGACGGCGUGGACUCUGAACCUGCGCGUCCCAGGCGAAGGCGCAGCGAGGACGGGCUCGGGCGGACAGCGAGGCACCCUCAGCUGGACGGGGACUAUGUGGAGCUGAUGGAGCCCAGACUGGGUCCUGAUGGAGGGGUUGACACAAGGCAAAGAUACCUCGAGAUGCACGGAAUUAAUAAGACAAAGACAUUGCCGUUGUGCCGGAGAAGUAAAGCCAUCAAACUCAGGAAGGGAAGAGCGUGGGGAUACGGGAGACUUGAAGGGUCAGGAAGCUUUCGAGCUGCCAAAAGAGAUCUAGUUACCCCAAAAGGGGACAGUUUACCACGUCGGACUUCACCAGGAGUCACCGAACCUUGCAGAAGCAGACGGUCUUACUCCUCUUCUGUCCUUGACUCAGAUGAAGGAGAUAAAACAAGUAGAGACUCUGAAGGCCUGGAAAGCAACCGGCUAUAUCAUGACGGCCUGUUCAAAGAGAGGAGGCCCGGUGUGGGGAAAGAGAGAGACAGCAACAGCCUCCCACAGCCGUGCAGAAACAGCGGUAAAGACUCAGAGAGUGGCGAGAGUUUUGUCGCAAAUGACUUGGCAAAUGACAAAGUUGGGCAUGUCAUCGAGGGUCACUCGGAUCACGGAUCUCAUUCUCACUCUGUUUUCGAGGAUACAGAUAAACCACUGAGCGCAGACAGCGAUGCCACCACCCCGACAUCAGACGCAACAGAAAGAUCAUUCAGUGGAAUUUUAGAAAGUAGAGAAACUAACAAAAGUGGAUCCAAGGUGACAAGUUCAUCCAACCCAAAGGUGACAGAGGGAAGGGAUGACGGAAAGAUGGAGGACAGUGUCAGUCCCAGAGGAAAGGAAGUUAAAACUGCAGGAUUCAGAGCACCAAGGAGGAAGAGGAAGGGUAAGGGGGCCAAAGGGAGGGCUAGGUCUGGUGGUCGUUCACACCACAAGGGAUCAAAACAGCAGGGCAAAGCUGCUCUACCAAGUCCUAACAACUGCUCUGCUUUAACUAAACUGCCAAUCGUAGACGAGAACAAAUCUGAGCAAAGAAAACCGACAGACGAACCAUCAACCGACAAGGGGACGGGCGACAGAAGGAAAAGCAGUGCAGAGAAAGAAGCCCAAUCUUUGCCUAUCUGCAACGGCCAAUCCGGCACACCCUCACUCAACCACUCUAAUGAGGAGGCGGCGUCAGGAGACACAAGUCCUGACCAAAUAAACGGUGUUACAUUUAAAGAGCCUCCUCUGCUCAGGGAACUGGAAAAAGAGCUUCUCCAGUCAGGGAAGCUGAAGUUGACAGGUACACUGGACAGGUUGGGACGCGCUCUGGUUGUCACGGAGACAGAUGCAUCAGAUGAGAGCUUCUCUGAGGAGGACAUGGCCCGAGUCCUGGCCUGCUAUUACAGAAUCACUCGGCCUGCAGCCAAAGAAAAGGGCCUCACAGUGUUAAUGGACGGCAGACGCUCUCCACCCUCCGCCCCCUGCCUCUCUGCUCUUAAAUUGUUCCAGGUGUUGGUUCCUGGCGGUCUUGGAUCUGUUCUGGUUUUGGUGGAUGAGCAGCAGCAGGAGUCCCUUUCGUAUAACGUGGAAGGCGCUGAGGUCCACAUGGUGCGAGGAACAGCGGUCCUUCAGCAACAUAUAGACAGGCAGCAGCUGCCCACAGAGAUGGAUGGAGACUUCAGCCAUUGUCACUCAGACUGGCUGGCCUUCAGACUAAGCCUGGAGAGUCUGACGGAGCGUUGUGAGGGCGCCCUGGCUCUCCUCGGCGAAGCUCUGCAGUCUAUGGACACGGAGCCAAUGCCAAAAGACAUCAAGGCUGUUCCUCAGAGCAUCGACAAACACAGACAGCUGAUGGCGAGCGUGCUGGCCGACCAGCGAUUAACUGAACCUCAGCAAAGGGGAGGGGCCUGGCUCGCAGGACUGACCAAUAGCGCAACAGGACUGGCACAGAAGUCACCUGACUGCAGGACUGCUCUUGCUGCGACCGCUAAACUCUACGACAGCGUGGAUGACGCCCUCCAUCAGCUCGUACAAACGUCCAACCAAAGAGGUCGCGAUCUUGAAGCUCUGGGACGACUAGCCGGCCUCGUGGACAAACUGGAAAAGUGUGAUAAGGAGAUUGAGCAAGUCCAGUCACAGUUGGAGGACUACAAGGACCCUCCUCUGUCUCUCAGCAGACUCUCCCUCAAACAGCAGAAGUUCAAGACAUUCAGAGAAACAGCCAACGAUCUGCACAGCGAGACUCUGUCGGUGCUCAGCGAUCUGGAGGGCUGGUGCGAGCUGGACUGGACCGGCCUGAGCGCCGUCCAGAUCCGACUUCCUCCGGUCAGGGAGAAGCUGAGAGACAUGUCCCACGUUCUGUCUGACUGCUGGACGACCCUGGACAACACUCAGAGGCUGCUGUCCACGCUGACCGAGGCCACUCAGUGGUGCGAGGUGGUCUACUCCAACUCCUCCUCCCCAUCUUCCACCUGCCCUCUCGCCUCCCUUCCUCCGAUCCCCCCGUCCCGUUUCCAGGAUGCUCGUUCCUUAGCCAUAGAGCUGGGCGGCGGGGCGCUCCUGGAGCUCUGGACGCAGACGGUGGAGCGCUACCAGCGGACCGUAGCGCAGGUUAAACCGCGCUUCCUCCAGCCUGACCGGGCCCAGAAUCAGAACCCGGGGAGGCCAAAGACCCCCUCCGCCAGCAGCCUGUGGGACCUGAUGGGUCCCGAGGGAGAGGGCGACUGGGGAUUGGGAGCCGGAGGAGGCGACGGGGGGCUUCAGUCCUGGGGAUCCCUGGCGUCGCUGUUCAGACCGCAGACCUGCUCCACGCUGAAGAUAGGAGAGGACAAAGGGACGAAGAAGGAUGGGACAAGUGGAGGAGGAGCUAGCGGAGCUGGGGGAGGGAAGUUCCUGCAGAACCUUCUGAAUCCAGCAAAGAAGAGUCCUACGGAGUCCACGCUCCCUCCAAAGCCCCCCAGGAAGCGCCACCCAAGCUUUGACCUCCAGGCUCUUCUGGCCCCCCGCAGAGGCGCAGGAACCCCAAAACCAGAGUACCCGGUUGGAGGGCCGAGCCGAAACUCCCCCAUGUCCUGGCUGGGGAGACGGGCGGUUGCCGACCCGGUGAUCGCCACCAGUAUGGCUGCAGCUAUCCCUGGAUGGGCCGCUGGAGGUUUUGGAAGUGGAGGAGGAGGGGUGUUAAUUCGAGGGGUGGAGGUCAGCAGCAAGGAGGUGGUGGACCACACGGGGUCGCCACGACAACACGUUCUGCUCGGGAGGACGGAGAGAGAAACGGGGACAGAUAGAGCCGGAACGACUCCACAGAGUAAGCUGUACCUGCUCUGGUGCAGGAUGCUGAGUUCAGAGAGGCAGUAUGUGGCCGUCCUGAAGGGGGUAGAAGAGACGUACCUCCCAUUACUGGCACUCUCAGACACCCCCGCCUCCAUCAGAGGGAAGGCAGACACUCUCUUACCUAACUGGGCCAGCCUCAGCAACUUUCACUCGCAGAGCCUACUCCCUGCCAUGGAGGGCGCUCUAGUGCAGAGCCUGCUGCAACAGGACUGCUUCAGCAAAUAUCGGGAGCAGUUUCUGCAGUAUUCACAUUACAUCAGGACUAAACCAGAGCUGGACUCUCCUCUGGUCACACAGGCUGCUGACUUCUUUAAGUCCAAACUCCCCCCUGCCUCCCCCCUCUCCCCCCUGUCCUACCCUCACUGUCUGCAGGCUCCCUCUCAGAGGCUGGAGCAGUACUGCGAGGCCCUGGAGGAGCUGGGAGGGAUAAACCCCGCCUCCGACUCCGCCCUCUCCAUCCUGAGACACGCCCAGCGGCACGGCGAGGACCUGAGGGCCAGCGACCUCAUCGUGGGAUGUCCGAUUCCGGUGGCGGAGCGAGGUGAUUUGGUGCGGCAGGGCGAGCUGACGGUGGUGUGCGGGGGGGCUCGGAGGAAGCGUGCGGGCGUGAGGAACGUCUUCCUCUACCAGCACGUCGUCAUCUUCACCAAACAGAAGAGCGCCGGCCCGGGACGCACCGCCUUCAGCUGCAAGCACAGCAUCAAGACCGGUGAGAUGGGUCUGACUCAGAGCGUGGGGGGGGACGGGCUGAAGUUUGAAGUGUGGGUGCGUCAGGCUCCUCGAACCAAAGACUGCAUCACGCUGCAGGCCAAGGACAGGGAAGGAAAAGUGGCCUGGACUCAAGACAUCGCCCACCUGCUGUGGACUCACGCCAUCAACAACACAGAGUUGUGUCUGAAGGAGUCGCUCUGCAUGGGGAUUUCCAGUAAGCUGCUGCUGGACGCGACAGGAACACCUGGAUCUGAACUGGACUCCAUCUACAGUCUCAAUGACAGAGUCCAUAGUAGCUGCUCAGACUCCUCCUCUGUGGGCAGUCAGAAGGAGGGGGGGUCCCCGGCGUCUGGGAGGGACCCCAGGGGAAGCUCCGGAUCAACAAGUUGCUCCCAGAGCCACUCUCCCUCUACAGCUGUGUAACUGUCAUCUCAAUAAGAAAACUGGACUCUUGAAGAUUUGUAUCAUCUCUAUUCCACCUCGGGGAAGCCAAACUGGACUUCGAGGAGCAAGAAGACAAAAGAGAGACCCUCAGACUCUAUUUGAACUUCUCCCACAUGCUCUCCUUCCCUUCUCCCCCCUUCACCUCCUUCAAAGUAAUAAAAGGCCAGCAGAUUAGCUGGAAGAGCGCUGCACUGCCACAUUCUCUAAUAAGAAGAGGAAGAAGAAAAGCUGCCUCCCAAAAAAGGAUCAACACUGCCCUGUCUAAACCAUGACGAGCCCCAGCAGGGCUCUACCCGCUCCGCCAUUUUGGAUCUGCCAGCCUCAGUUGCUGGCAGAGUCAUUGACACCAAAGGCACUUCAGCCACACAGUGCGGCCAUUGUCUGCCCCGCGGCUCCCCACUAGGCCAAACCACUUGGUCUGAACCACUGACUGCCUGGCUGGCUGACUGUACGCAUCACAUGCUCCAGCAUCUGAUAAUAAACAGGAAGUAAUAUGCGGGGCGUAAAUCCACCGUAGGAUUGCAGAUUUAGAAUGUAUUAUGUACUCUGUCAUUUUCAUAACGCUGAAUGGAGUACUGUUUUUUUCUCCCCCCUCUUGCCUGUGUAAAAAUGUGUGGCAUAGGCUAGGUGUGAUUGCAUCUAUGUAAAUGAGGCAGGGGUGGUGUGAGCACACGUACACACAAACACACACAAAGAGUGUCCGUCAACACAUGCAGUCACUCUUAUUGUUGUAAGACAGUGGAGGCUCUAUUCACAUGCUCACACACACUCACUGGCCGAUUUAGAGCCUGGUACAGUGGCUAAAUAAACAUCAGGCAAACAUCUGAUCACAUACAGGAAGCAUUGCCUCGAUAAUCAACGCCUUAUAGGAUUAUAUCCGACUGUUUGUUUAAGCUAAAUAUGUAUUAACAGUGGAAACAACUGGUAUUUAAUCUUCUUAAAAGUAUAACUUAUGUCAGUUACUUGAGCUUAUUGGUGCCUUAUAGUGUAGCCUACUGAUGAUGACUAUAUGCAUUUUGUUUUAUAUUCUAUGUGCCAAAGGUAUAAAAUGGGUGUCUGUGCAAUGUUGUUUUGUGUACAAAGAGGUAUUGAUGUGUUUGCUCUUUCCAGAUCUCCAUAAAAUGGUAGAUCUGUUUAAUUUGCUUUAUUCCGGUGUUGCUGGUUUUUUGCUUGCGGCCAGACGACAUGAACUACAUCUGAUUAUUCCCAAAGAGGUAACUUACUCAAAACGAGCUUCUAGGUUGAGGUUCCAAGAAAAAAAGGAUUUCUUCUCAUUGUCACUCUUAAGCUGAAAGGAUUGCUUUAUCUAACAUUUUUUAAAUAAAUAGUUUGACAGAUUGGGAAAUGUGUAAUUUAGCUGUCUUGCCAGGAGGUAGAUGAAAAGAUGGAUACCAAUCUUCAAUGUCUGUGCGUAACAUAGGAAGCCUUUGCAAGCAGAGAGUUAGCUUAGCUUAGCGUAAAUAUUGAAAAACAGCUAGCUUGCUAAAAGAUAACAAAAAGUACAUAGCCUACCUGCACCUUUUUAAUCUUAUAAAAUAUAACAUGUUAAGCUUAAAAGGGUGCCAAUAGGUGGAUUUGUUACCUAAAGAUAGAGCUAGGCUAGCUGUUUUGGCUAGCUUACUCUGUGUGCUAAGCUAAGCUAUCUCACUGCUGUAAGUAGCUUCAUAUUGCCUGUAGAAAUAAGAGUGUUAUCAGUCUUGUCAUCUAAUUCUUGCUAAGAACAGCUAAUAAGGGUAUUUCCUGAAAUGUUACACUUUUCCUUAAAGAUAUCAUCUCUCAGAAGUAAUGGCUUAUUAAAAUAACUUCCACUCACGGGACAGACACUUCACUACUUCUCUGCUAAACACACUCAUGGGUACAUUUGAGUAGAAACAUGUAACACUGCUGAGUUGUACUCAAACUCACAAAACUACAAUUAUAGUGAAGAUCCCAUAUAUUACAUUAGUGAUUUAAAUCUACAAAAUAAUGCCCAGCAUAUCUGGAAAUUGUCAUUUUAUUGUCAUGUUAUGAUGCAGACGAAACCAAAGAUAUGAAUAUUUCAUACGAUAGUGUAGUUCAUAUUGUAUGACAGCAAGCAUGCAGUCAGUAAAACCAAUCAUCAUCCACUCACUGGUUUGAUUUGAUCACUAUCAGACAAUAUCACGCUUAAGGUACAAUAUGAAACCAUCAGGUAGUGAGAGAUCCAGCAGCAGCGGGAGGUCAAGCUCACGUCUGCAGACGGCCGCGGUUAUCAGGUUUACCACGUUUCAUAUCUGCAUUCAAAUUCAGAAAUUGCAAAUGGCUAUUGAGCCGUUUCUGAAUCAAUAUGUAAUUUGUUGGCUUGGAGAAGGCCCCCGUACACCUCGUAGCCUUUAGCUGUUUGGUACAUUGCGUUAUAUUGGAAGCGAUGUAAUGAACACCAUCUUUCAUUCUUACUGCAGUAUAGAUUGUCACAUGCAAAAUCCUCUACUUUUGUAUGCCGUGCGAGGCAGUAUUAAUGUAGAAACAUUGUGCUCUCUUUCUACCCUCACACUCUGCCUAGUGUUUACAUUUUUUUAAAGGAAUGUGGAAUGUUGCAAACGCAUGUUAUGCUUACUUGAUAUUUGUACUGUUUUUGUACUUUUCUGUGUUGAAUUAAAACUAGAUGCAA